AUGUAUCGGCUUGCAUUUUUCUGUGCAGGUUGUACAACUACAGUAGCCGGAGCGGAUGAAGUCGCUGUCGCGCGUGGGAAUCUACGCGGGACGAGUGUCGGAUCAACACUAGCGGCGCCGAGCUCCGAAAACACGACCUCCACUACUUUAGACGGCACGAAUACGGCACCGAGCGGCGCGCCAGCAAGCAGUGUUACAGAUGAUGCCGAUGCGGAACAAGAAAUUCAGAGCUUCCAGGAAGUGAACAGUAGGUUCAUUCCCGAAGAAGUAGACAUCGCGAGGACCAGUCGAGGUCCAGGGCAGGAUUUGCACUUUGUUAUCGACUAUCAAAUGCAAAAAUGUCUGGGUCUGGAAGAGUGCAACUUGUGAUGCUGCAUUUGGAUUCCAAAAAAAUCUGUAUUGCAUGAGUACCAAAGGGAAUGUAAUUUAUUUUUGCUACGCGGAGAGGGCAUUUGUCAUGCGGAAUAGGCAUCACGAAGCUCUCAGAGAAUCUGUGAUGCUAGGGCAUGCAUCACGGGCAUCAGGGCUCAUGCAAAACGUGCAUGACAAGUGUCAGAAUCUUCCAGACCCAGACAUUUUUACAGUUGAUAUCGACCCCGAAUCACGACGUGUUGAUCAGGGACGGAGCAGCACGCGACUUCCCAAAGAUGCUGACCUGCACGAGGUUGACGUCGAGGUGGAGCACAAGGACGAUCACGCAGAUGAUCCAACUGGUCUUUUUGACAGUCCUGAUGAAAUAGGAUCAGACGAGGUCGUAGCGUCAUCUUUUGUUCAAGAGGAAGUAGAUGAAGAAAACCAGAGUGUUGAGGUCGGACAAAGAGAACGAACUAGUACAGAAGAAGCCGCGCCGAGGGCCUCGAGGUCAUCUUCACACUCAGGAGGUCGAGGAGGUGGUCGCAGAUCCUCAUCCAGAUCUUCCCCUAAGCUUGCAGAAAAGGCGGGCAGCCGCGCCAAGCAGCGCAGCAGUGGUGGGCGCAGCAAAAGUCCGUCUACAUCUUCUUCGUCCAGCAAGCGGGACAGGAAAGCUCCUCCUUCUUCUUCGUCCAGCAAGCGGGACAGGAAAGCGCCUCCUUCCACCAAGAAGGCGAGCGGCUUGAAGAAAGGCGAAGAGUUAUACCAAGAUGAGGAUGUGUGGGACACGCGAGGAACACAAGAGGCGGACAACAAGCUCGGGAGCAAACAAAGCCACCAUAAUUACGAUGCUCCUGGCCAGGAGGAGCAGGACGACCAGGACGCCGAGGUGGAGGCCGCCCCAGCGGCCGAGGUCUUCGUGAAUCCGCCGGUCAAGCAGCCAACAAGUGGGCUGCGCGAGAAGCACCUGAACGCAGCCUCGCUCUUUCUCUUGCAGCCGACGGAGCGCGGCGCGUUUACGAACCU